GUUGAACAGCGGCAUGAGUUGGCAAUUGCGGAGUUGCUCGGGACCCUCAUGAAGCAGACAAUCCGUCCACCGGCGCAAUUUUUUCGGGAUCUAUCAGAAAAAGAGAAGGACACCUUUAACGCCGGCCGACUUGAGGUGUUAAUGCGGAAUGACGCCAAGAUGAAAGAGAAUCGACGCCAGCACGCAGAAAAAGUUUUUGCUGCGCGAACUGCUCUCAAUGCAGCUGCACAGAAUGCUGGUGGCAAGCCGAGCGACCAUGUCGAAGUGAAAUCCUCUCCUGGAGGCUCCUCUGCUGGUUCUAGUGAACAUCAACAAGUAGAUGACGUUGUAGAACUCGCUCAUUUGACUGCCGAGGAACGCGAAUUCGGGGAGAUUUCGCACUCCCUGUAUCGUUUAGAAGGACGACGUUUACAGCGCUCGCAUCGAACGAGUACGCAAUACUCGCCGAGUCCACUGCUAAGUCAGCGAAUUGCCGACCGCUGGUGGCACAACCUCCAGUUGGGCAACCCGAAUGAAGAAAAUUUUUCGACGCAAUCCACGCAUUAUUUUAUCCUGCUGAACAUGCUGAAGCGCAAGUUCCUGGAUGGCGCGACGCGCUUGACGCUCGCGCUCAUUGAACCUGCAAGCGUUGUCUAUCCACGUCCUUCCCGCAGAUCAAACGCUGGCGCUAAGGAUGUUAACAAGAGGUCGAAAGACCAAGGGCGAACAGUCGUCGUGGAGUAGGCAGGAAUACUAAUAGCUUCAUGGUUUUUGCACCCUUUUCCUUUGUGUAUAAUCUUUUAUCUUAAUCAUUUGAAAAAUAAAACGAGGACGAAAUUCUGGCAUGAGAAGAUUGAUAAGUACCUAUAAAAAUAAAUAUAUAAAGAUUAAGGUACCAGCUUCUGAUGCUGUUUCUGUACUACUACCGUUAGGAAAUUUACGCAGAUUUUUUUACACUGUGACUGCUCCCUAGUAGCACGACAUAGAUCCAGGCACUCAGAGGAUCUAGUUUGCGACGUGGGUCUUUUCAAAGAGAAUAAACGAGGAACAGAAGAAUCCAUCACUUUGGAGGGCGGGAAAAGAAAGACUGGGGUUCCAAGUGAACACACGAACAUUAGAAUCGCCGACUGACAACCACACAAAUGACAGUGACUUAUUGCUGAAGAACUAACUUCAUUUCGCCACGAUCACGAAGUUUUACCUCUAGGUAAAUCUUCAAGAAAUUUAAUGGCUCUUCACCUUAAGGACUGAAGGAACUCAGAUCCUCCUCAUAAUCAAGAUCUUCAGGGUAAGGAACAAUAGCAAGCUUAUCCUUCUGCAAUAUUGAAGGUUUAAGUCUUUUAAUCCUUUUACGGAUCGUGAGCAGAACUGACCGCUGCGCCCUCCCCUGUCCUUUUCUCAGUCACGCUUCGAAUUUUCCAUGGCAAAACUAGUGCUUGUCAAGCAAUCACCUUUCUAUGGCAGUUGGCGUGCCUGUUCUCAGGAUGCCCUGAGUGAUUUCUGUCUGCUUUAGGAUCUUAAAUAAUUGAUCCCUUUGUCUCUCUAGAAGAUUUUCAAAAUGGUCUUCAGAGCUAUCAACAUUUAGCUCCGUCUUUAAGCAGUUAGCAGGGUCACUUUCAGCAAAAAUAUCCAUAAGGUCACUGGCUUAGCUAUGUAAGCGUGUGGUGACCUAUGUAAAAAGGGUCAGCAUUAAAAAAAUAUUUACGCUUUGCGUUUUUAUAGUUUCUGCUGGUGUUCCUUUGCUUAAGUGGAGAUCUUUAUGAGGGCUGGAGAGGUUUGGCCAUAAAGAUGAUAUGGAAUAAACUACUUAUGUAUCGUUCGCUGCCAAUCAUUCAUGUGAUCUCCAACUUCAGCUUUACUUCAGUUUCCGUAUGCUUAUCUCAUGAUUAUCAGGACGAUUCAUUCAUCUGAUUGACAGAAGCAGGGGCGAUGACUUGAGCUUUACUUCGAUCUAGACUCUCAACAUUAUUGGUUUCGGCUUUUGCAAUUGCAGAAACAAAUCAAUGCAGAAGAGCCGAGCGGAGAUGUGUAUCGCAGCCUCGAUCUUGUGGAAUUAGUCUGCAUCAGAAAAAUCUUCAGGGUCGUCAUCAUAACUACAUCAACAAAGAUGAAUAUCUUUGUUGUAGUUGGCAUCUUGAUUUUCUCAGAUAAAUAUUCAAGAACGGGAUGUACAUGUGCCAUGAUCUAUCUUCAUCGCAUAAUUUGUUCAACUUUCAUUACGAUUUGUCAUCUAUUGCCGAUCGAUGGACGAAAAAAUAGGGAGGUGGGACGAGAACUAGAAGAAUCUCUCACCAAUUCAACAUCAUAUGAAGACUGCAGCUCCUCACUGUCUAGUUUUACUCAUAUCAAAACGCGAAAUUUCUAGCAAUUAAAUCGUUUAUUGACAGCAUAUAGAUAUACACGAGAAGGUCAACGAUGCAAGCAUCUUUCUCUGUGUCACUUCCAUGGCACGAAUUAUCGCCGAA